AUUAGAUAUAAUUAGCAUUUGGAUGCAAGCAAGGCUCUUACUCAGUGGAUUAAACUCUGGACUGAGCAGAAAUGCUGUCAGCAACAAUUAGCUAACACCUUGUCAGAGGAAGGGGCAGAUGAAACGUGUGGAAGAACAUCUUGUUGCUCAGCAGCCUUUGUGUCUAUAGCUAACAGCACUCAUCCAGGAGCUGCAUCCCAGUGCUGGUGGCAGCAGAGGAGCUUUGGUGACAGUCUGGGAAGGCAGAAGAGAGCACCACAGGAGGAGACCCAGUCUCACUGAACACUUAUCAAGCCAUCAGGUGUGGUACCAAGGACUACACAACUACUCAGACCGAGGGACCUGAGAGAGGAGUGUCCCAACACACGCAGCAGCUCAGCGAUGAGUGAGAACCCCCCUGCCACUCUGAACACUGCAGAUGCUCCAACUGGUCCUACCACACCGCGCAAGGGGCCCCCCAAGUUCAAGCAGAGACAGACAAGACAGUUCAAGAGCAAGCCUCCUAAAAAAGGAGUAAAAGGGUUUGGAGACGACAUCCCAGGCAUGGAGGGACUGGGGACAGAUAUCACAGUGAUUUGUCCAUGGGAAGCUUUCAGCCACCUGGAACUGCACGAGCUGGCCCAGUUUGGGAUCAUCUAAAGCCCCAGCAUCUCUCCUACUGUCACAUGGUGACUCCACAAAUCCCAGCAUGGUCUUCAUCACCUUUGACACUUACUUUUGGCCCUUACACCCAUCUGCUGACAUUUUACUGCUCAUGGGCGAAGUGGCUUUGUAAGAGGUAGCUAUGAGCAAUUUCUUUGCAGAUCAAUUUGGCAAAGAAGUUAUUCAGGAUCUUGAACAGAUCAUGUGCUUCAUGUGAUGAAACUACUGAAAAUGUCUCAAUGCCUCCCUGUAAAAUAGCAAGUCUUCUCUCACUGCUGCAGAUCUUUGUGGGUAUGGAGAAAAUGGGAUACUGCAUUUGAAUUUUUUCCUUUGUUAGCUGAGAGUGCAUGUAUAUCCAGACCUAAUUAGACCAAGCCUAUCUUUUUUUCUUUCUCCUCUCCCUGACAGCUUUCUAUACAGGAUUUCUGUAGGUUUGCCCCCAUGUUACCUGAGCCAUCAAUUAGUUGCUCAGAAUAUAUCUGUAGAGAACAGAAUCAGAGAGUCAUCAGUCCAGACACUAGGCCAUUUUGCAGUAGGAGGAGACAUUUCCCCAGGGGAUCACGAUAAGGAAUAUACCAGUAAGACUUACUCCAUCACCAAAAGGACUUGGAAAUAUUCCCUCUGCUGUACUACUCAUUGACUAGUCAGUGGCCAUGAGAUUCUGGCUGUUCUAAUAAUGUUAAAUGAAAACUUGAGGUGUCUGUGAUCAAUGAGUAAAUGAAUUAAUCCUACCAGUCAUUCCUCUUGUACUCAUGAGUGGUUGCAAUUUUAAAGAGACUCGCCAAAGGACAUUGCUUUCCCUCUCUUCCAGUGGGAAGCCUUCUUUGAAACACAUGUACUGUCCCCACGAUGUACAUAGUUAUAUGAGGUAUUUUCCUCCUCAGGACACAUUUGCUGUUGGUUAAGACAGAGAAUCAUUACAGGUUGUCACCAGACUGUGCCAGUAGUCCAACCUUAUCUAUUACAAUAUGCUGUUGUAUUAGUAGCUUCAUCUUCCUUGUAUUUAGCAUAGGGCAAGUCUCCCUUCAUCCCACCCACGCCAGGGAAGACCCCAAGACUCCCUGCUACCCUCACAUUAAGAAAGGGCUUUUGUUUUGUUUCGAGGCAAGCGGCAAGCAUUGCUGUAGCUUUGUGAUAUUCAUUAGAAGAGAUGAUAUUUUUAGUCAUUGUCCUCAGCUUCACAAAGCUCGUAUAAAAACAACUUCCCCUCAGUUUAUCUUUCAUGCAUUGAACAUAUUCAUGGGAGUAAGGAAUGGUUGUGGUGAGGAGAGCACGUCCUUCCUUUGUUUGUAGUCAUCUCUAGGAAAGAUCAAUCCCCACCCAUAAAGCGUUGCUCUAAAUCCAUGGCUGUGCUAUAGUUAUCAGUUACUGUCAUUCCAAAAAGAAAAGCUAGCAGUUUUAUUUUGAAAAAUAGCUUCAACACUAAAACCUAAAGGAUGUUCUUGUUGGCAGUCCAGAGUAUGGCUUUUACUUUUCAGCACUUCUGCCACUGCACACAGCAAUAAACAGAGAGGCAGUUCAGAACAGCAGCACAAUCACUGCACAUGAGUCAGGUACCAUUUGGCUAAUUGCAAUAUACAGCUAUUUCCUUUGGCAGUGACAGUCUGUCCUCUCUGCUUUCUCCUAAUUUCUCACAUCUUUCUCACCUUUUAAAGUUUUUCUUAUUUCCUUGUGUGUUCUGUGUAAAAGUGACAUUUUAUUUAGCUUUUAUUUGUAGGAGACUGAUUACAUCUUUUUUUCAAGUUCAAGUCCUAGCCCCUUCCUUUUGUGUCUAAAUAGGCAUAUUCUAUGUCAAUGCUCUUGCGCUUUCCUUCAUGUUACACUGUGCUGUGGCAAGUAAUCCUUAUUUCAUCUUUUCAGUAUGUUCUAUUCUUAUAAACUAUCUGGCAAAAUACCCAUUGGAUCCGGUUUUGGAUCAUGCAAGAAGCUUGCUGGCUGCCUCUAUUAUCACCGAGUUGUUCUGUUUUUAAGCAGGAGUAUAUAAAGAAGAAAAAUUUUGAAUUAGUCCUUUCACUCCUUUUUUCAUCCCAGGCCUUGGGAAAGCAGUAAAAAAAUAGUGAGAUUCCCUGCCCGAAGAUAAUGAGGUAUCAACAAAAUUCUCCUUAGUCCAGAGACUGAAACAUUUCAGCAAAUGGGAAGGUACUGGUGUAGUUCCACACCUCUGACUGCCAUAUUCCCUGCUCCCAUCAGAGAACUACUCAAUUCUCCUUUCUAAAACAGACUAAUAGUACACACAUACCCCAGAUUCAUGCUGGGGUACAAAGAGCUUUUUCUGAAGAUGUUCUGAGUCACCACAGCUUGUUAGUUAUUUUUAAACUUUUUUUUCUAUGCAUUGAAAGGGAUUACAUAUUUCUUGUAAGGAAUUCUGAGACUUAGAAGUGGAGUCCUAAAACGUUUUCACAAUUAUUUUGUCUGAGGUUCUGAGGAUUUUUCUAAAGAGAUAUAUUCCCUGGAACCUUAAUUUAAUUUAGUUUUUCAAGCAGUGAGAGCUGGCUGUGAUAAAAUGAAACAAGAGUAUUUAAAUGGAUCUUUGAAGUGCUUCCAUCUAUAUACAUUGUAAUACAUUGUUCUUUUACUAUAAAACAGGUCAAAAGCAACAAAAAAUAAUAAAAGUUGUUUUAAAAAUCCUAGAAA